GGUUAAACUCACUAGCGAGGCGCACUCUCCGCCGAACAGCAAUAUCGCUCACCAUCCUGCUCGCUACUGACCAACUUCGUGAGUACGGUGAGAUGGCGGGGUUGCGAUGGGCCGCUCUCAUAAUCGGGCUUGCCAGGACGCACAGACGGGCGGGAUCGUGCAUUAGAUUUGAGCGACCGUAUCACGCGAGCGGAGGGUUGUACAAACAGAAAGCGCGGGCGCAUAGCGCACAAUGAAUGGUGUAGGAUCAAUUGCGCGAGGACUGAUUGAAGCUGAAAGAGAGGAGUGACGCGAGUGCGGGCCCACAACGCCACACAUUCUCUCCUUGCUUGCUCCUGCCACCUCAACUCUCCUCGUAGAAGACUGCCAUCGCACAGUCAAUCUGAUCGACAAUGUCACCUCAGGAAGGUGAUGGAAAACUAUUUUCGCUCGAGCAAUUGAGUACGUUGGACUUGAUCAAGACACUGUCUUCCAGGCUCGAGCAAGGUGACACUCGCCAACGCAUACUUCCUCUCGAGGAUCUUGAUGGACUGAUCAAGGCAGCCGAGACUAUGGUUCAAGCUAUGCGGCGCGAGCGGAAUGCCCGCGUCGCGAUCAACCAUCUUCCUGCCGAAGUACUCGAGGAGAUAUUCGUGACCACUUGCACCGUCAAGCUAGCUGAAUACAGAUUCAAACACUAUGGGUGUGGCGAAGCGAUGACCAUAUGGAACCCAACUUGGAUUGAAAAGGGCAGAGCAGUCGGUCUCAUGCUUGUCUGCCAUCCUUGGAAAGAGAUCGCCUCGGGGAUACGGGAGCUCUGGAAUGGCGUUGAAACAUAUUGGGAACAUAAAGAUCGUAUCUUGUUGGAGAGGUCCGGCCAAGGCCCGCUCAAGGUGCUGACUCACGGCAAAAUGGAACCACCUUAUGCUGUUGUGCAUGCUCUUCAAAAUGUGGAACAUUCAUCCCGAAUCCAAGAGUUGUACUUGACAUCCCCCUUAUUAGCACGUGAGAACAGAGAAUAUUUUGGAAUGCUAGCGCCCUCGCUGAGGUCUCUUGCGUUGCAAGGUGACUACAGUCGUGUGCCAAACGAGACGCUCAACCUCUUUGACAACCACAUCCCCUGUCUAGAACGCCUGUCGCUCUCAUAUGUGGGUUGGCUGCCCAGCAAUGCGUUCGCCGAACUGACAUUCUUGGCUAUCGACCAAUGCUAUGUAUCCAAAUGCCGCGCCAAAAUACGCAGCGUGCUUGCUGGAACACCAAACCUAGUGGAUCUCGUCCUGCGAAAAGUGGCUGACCAACACUUCGGAUACAUCCGAGUGGAAACAGAGGCUGCGGACAUGAAGCCCGUGUCGCUCACUCGGUUGCGGCGUUUACUGAUCGAGAAUAUGUGGACCGAUGAUGUCGACUAUGUCUUCCGCGAUGCUCGGCUAGACGGAGACAUAUCCGUCUCGAUCAAACGUGUGAGACCGCGCGAUGAUGGCCAUCGAAUUCUCAAAGUGGUAUCCACUUGGUCAUUGAAUGCCUUGAAACAUCCCAAAGAACUGCAUUUCCAGCCACACGUCGCCAUCAUCGCUGGAGCCUCAUCUGGGUUCCGUUUUGAGGUCGAGAGAAGCGUGUCCCUCCGGUAUUGGUUCAGCUGGUCACGGAACCUUCCCCUUUCCAGCAUCUCUCACCUGUGCACGUUUGAAGAUGCAAGCAUGCCGACCAGUCUUGAACGUGUCCACAAUUUUCUUAGGCAGAUGACCUCGCUUGAGACAUUGUCCGUCAACAUUGAAGGCCUGACGAAGAUCAUCGACGCACUUACACUCUUCCUAGAUCCAACCGACCCGCCUCUCUGUCCCGCACUGACGACGCUACGUAUCACCAUCCGUCAAGACAGUGACUGUAACACGAUCCUAGACUCUCUCCUCCCGCAAGAUGCGCAGCUUGGCGUCAAACACCUGUACGUCGGGCUGAUCGGUCCUCCGAAUGAAUUUGGGGAAGCCCUUCAAGCUGCGAAGGAUCACCUGCAUGGCAACUUCGAAUCGGUGAAAUCCGAGACGCUGUUGUACGAUAAGGCAUACAACAUUACUUUGCCACUGGUUUGUGAUAAGGAGGUGCAUGCUUUGUGGCCACGCUGGCUUUAGGUAUCAUGUAGAUGAGAGGCGACAUUCAAGAUACUUUCUGGCUUCCUGGGGUGCGGGUGAAGUCCUAGUCUGUAAGUGUCCGUUGAAUUAUCGAAUCAAUGACCAAAUGGCAUUAUUCACGCAGAAAUAUCACUCUUAUGAUCACCUUUACACUGUAUUUCAGCUGUUCCGAUGAAUGAUAUUAUGCAGACAAUGCUCGUCGCGUU